AUUUCUCAGGGAGAUGUUAAUCUCUGUGGCUCUAGGCCAGGUGUUAUCCCUCCUUAUCUGUGGAAUUAGCUUGACCAGCAAGUACCUGUCAGAAGAUUUCCAUGCCAAUACACCAGUCUUCCAGAGUUUCCUCAAUUACAUCCUCCUCUUCUUGGUCUAUACCACCACACUAGCUGUCAGACAAGGAGAAGAAAACCUCCUGGCGAUUUUACGACGAAGAUGGUGGAAGUAUAUGAUCCUGGGCCUCAUAGACUUGGAAGCAAAUUACCUGGUGGUCAAGGCUUACCAGUACACCACUCUGACCAGUAUCCAGCUCCUGGACUGCUUUGUGAUCCCGGUUGUGAUUUUGCUCUCCUGGUUCUUCCUGCUGAUCCGGUACAAGGCUGUACAUUUCAUCGGCAUCGUCGUCUGCAUCCUGGGAAUGGGCUGCAUGGCGGGAGCGGAUGUGCUUGUGGGAAGGCAUCAGGGAGCAGGGGAAAAUAAGCUGGUAGGGGACCUUCUGGUCUUGGGAGGAGCCACGCUCUACGGCAUCUCUAACGUCUGGGAAGAAUACAUCAUCCGAACCCUGAGCCGAGUGGAAUUCCUGGGGAUGAUUGGACUCUUCGGGGCAUUUUUCAGUGGAAUCCAGUUAGCUAUAAUGGAGCACAAGGAGCUGUUAAAGGUGCCCUGGGAUUGGCAGAUAGGACUGCUCUACGUGGGCUUUAGCGCCUGCAUGUUUGGCCUCUACAGCUUCAUGCCGGUGGUCAUAAAGAAAACCAGCGCCACUUCGGUCAACCUCUCCCUGCUCACGGCAGACCUGUACAGCUUGUUCUGCGGGUUGUUUCUCUUCCACUACAAGUUUUCAGGACUGUAUCUCCUGUCUUUCUUCACCAUCCUCAUCGGGCUGGUGCUCUACUCCUCCACCUCCACGUACAUCGCCCAGGACCCCCGGGUCUACAAGCAGUUCCGCAAUCCUUCGGGACCGGUGGUGGACUUGCCGACCACAGCUCAGGUGGAGCCUUCGGUCACCUACACCAGCCUGGGCCAGGAGACCGAAGAGGAGCCCCACGUCCGCGUGGCCUAGGACGAGGCCCUCGCCGCCCACUGAGGACCCCUCCGCGGCCGUGUGUUCGCCCGUCACCUCUGUUGUGUACGUAGAGAAAGGUAUUUAUUAGGUGCGGUUUACACAGGUGGACUGCAAGGUAGCAAAUCCGAAAGCCUGGGAAAGGCACAAGUUGAACGUCACGGGAGACGCAGGCUCUGACCCACCUGACUUGGAGAGAUGUCUAGCUAGUGUGUAUCCCCGUCACAACCCCCUGCAUUAAUUACUGUGAAAAACUUUGAAUCAAAAGCAAGUAUUAUUAUUUGUAUUAUUACUGUUACUGUUAGUACACCGGCUUUCAGGAGGAGGUUUUGCACUCCUGCUGGGAAGUAUCGCCAGACCCACAUGUAGUGAACAGGAAGCCCACUUUUCUAUGGCAAGUCACUUUUUAAGGAUCAUACUUUAUUUUUUUUGCACAGUCCGUGCGCGCUGCAUGCCACAGGAGCUCCACCCUGCGAAGCUGCCUUACCCUAGAGACCUGGUGGCUAAUGGUUUCCUCUGUCACCUGUUGGAUUGCCUGCUCAAUAAGUCCUUUGUGCUGUGACCCUUGUGGGGAGUGGCAACUGACCAUAUAAUUCUCUAUUCUAGGAAUAGAUAUAAAACAAACAUUUUAGCCUUUUUAUAUUUCCAUCUCUGAUUACUCUAGACCAUUGCCUUUCUGUCGCGCCACGUGAUUAUGCUAAUCAAGUCCCUGUAAUAACAGCAUAAGGAAUGUUCCGUUUCUGUGGCUCAUGGAAACCCCAGAAAUAAUAUCCUUUGUGUUUAGAGUAACACAUUUUUUUUAAUCUUUCUGCUCCUCUCUGUGUUCUCUCUUCAAAAACUAGAUUUGAUUUUCCUUUCCUUCCCCUAGAUUUCUUUCGUGAUAAUAGGGAAAUCAAUCAAGGCAUUGGAUAAAGCCAUGGUCCUCUGCCCUCUUAAUGGUGUGACACCCUUUUUGAAAUAUAUUGGCAUGGAAAUUACCUAAAUGUGAAGUGGCAUUGAUUGUUUGGCCUCCUAGCAAAGUCAGGCUGCUGAUGUGGGGCCAUCUCUGACCACAGCUCGAUUGAUCUGGCCACUUUGUAGUGGAAAAAAUGUCGCCAGUGAGAAAGUCUGGCUUUUUGGUCAUAUUUGGCAUCCAUUCAAUAGCUGAAUAUAUCAACACAACAUUCUUAUAGAUAAAAAGAGUAUUACAGGGUCCUGAUAAGGCUUUGAGGGGUAUGUCCCUAGUCUAACUUUCUUGUUCUUAAAAUAGCCCCCCCUUUUUUUUUCAAAUACAGAAGGCCAAGAAAUACCACAGACCUCUAUGAUAUACAAUAGAUUCUACAUGUCAGAACCUGCAAUAGUCUUUACAUUUGGCUGGCUUCAAUCCCAUUCAAAAAUAUCCUCGACGGAGUUACAGGGUUUGUAAAGGGAAAAUAAAUGUUGAUUAAACUUUGGGCAGUUCAAAUCUAUAUAUCUUAAGCAAGCAAAGCAAAACACCAGUGGGGUCUCUGUAAAGUAGAGAAAAAACUGCUGCUUAGUCAGGAUUUCCAUGGUAGCCUGGCAGGCAGAAGCACCCCAUGCUGUCAGUCAGCACCCAUGUGGCCCCUCUGCCUGCCCUCUCCCCCCAGGGGCAGGUAGUCCUGCCCUUGGAGAUGGAACAGACAGACUGUCUUCUCUGAUAUGCAGGUUUUAUGGUCAUCUCUGUACGGCCCCCUUAGAAACAGUGUUAUUUUCUGUGGGGACCCAAAAAAAAAAAAGUUAAAGCUGUAUCAAGUUAAAACAAUUUUGCCAAUGUUUGCUCUCUGCUACCUUUUAAACCAAUUAAAUACCUUUCUCUGAAUAUUUUGUCCAUUCAGAUCUGAAGACCUUUAAAGACUGUGGUUUUAUUUUUGUGUUUACAUUGGUUGGCAUAAUUUGCUUGAUUUAUUGCAUUUUUAGUAUUUAUUUUAAGCCAAAUGUUUUAGUCCUUUUUUAUUCAUUUUUAUAACACUAAUUUGUAGAUGCUUAGUAAAAUCCUAUAAGAAACGAGUGGAUGAAAGUAUUUCCAAGUUGAUUCAAUGGACUGGGAGUCUUUUUCUUAAUUUCAAUUUCAAAAAGGUUUGCAAUCAGUGAUGGCUAAAAGUUGCCAUCUGAAUUAUUUUCUAGGAUCUUUUAAUUGACUCCAUUGUAUGGAAACCAAGUGUGAAUGUUAAAGUGAAUUCACUGUAUACCCUGUAUCCUCCAGUGUCCUUGUACACAAGACUUUCUUGUUACUGGGGUACCUCACCGUGUUGGUUCUUCUCCAUUUAGAAAGGCUGAUAACAUACCAAAUUGUCCGAGAUAAGGAGCUCCAGAUUGACCCUUCAGGGAAAAAAAGAAGAGAACAAGAAACAAACUUUUUCUGGGUAAAAGCAUCAAUCCUUUGAGAGUAAAGUGGGAAAGGACAUCACUAACUCCAGCUGUUUUCGUUUCUGAAAUUUCAUAACCUCCGUAGACACCAGCAACAAUUUCAGUUUUUCAGCCCACCACCACUCUCUCUCCUCCACAAAUGAGACUUUAGCAAUUUGUAUAGAAUUUGGUUGGGUAAGCAAACCAUAGCUCUCCUAAACCUCACGAGAGGAAAGUGGUGGUUCUCACUAACCCAGUGAAAACUUGCCCUGAGAAUAGCGCUUGCCCUGGUCACACCUUCCCACAGCUCUAAACUCUGAAAUCCGCGACCAGGUAGACCAAGCAAUGGAAAAAAAUUGUACCACUGUGUCCCAUGAAAAUGUUUCAAUGUUUAGUUUAGGUAUUGCUAACUUGUGCUAUUAACCUUUUGACAAGCGUGUAGAGUUGUUUGUUUGGGGUUUGUUUUUGAUUUAUAGCCAUUUAGUAGUCCCCAGCUAGCUACCAGUACAGAUUUUACCCCAUGGGUAGGAUUCUACUGUCAAGCCACAUAACAAAGCACACUAACCCAGACACUGCAAAUGGAAAAUACGAACCAAAAAGGAAAUUUACACCGAUAAGUUAAACAAACCCUCCAUUUUUGAUAUCUGCAUGCUCCCCUAUGGACUGGCUGUGGCAAUGUAAUGCCUGUAUAAUGUUUUCAAAUAAAAAUAAAUGCUUUAUGAAAGCA